AUGGCGGCGCCCAGUGGCUCCAUGAGCGAUUCGGACAGCAGCAGCAGCGAUGCUGAGGAGCUGGCGCGGUGCCGCGAGGCCGCGAGGCCGGCCUGGGGCCUGGAGCAGCGCCUGCCCGGGGCCGGGACGACAGGAGGCGGUGCUGCAAAGAGCCAGCCACCCGCCUCCCAGCCAAGCCUCAGGCACCGGGUAGACGAGCAUGAGCAAGAUGGCAACGAGCUGCAGACCACCCCCGAGUUCCGAGCCCACGUGGCCAAGAAGCUGGGAGCCUUGCUGGACAGCUCCAUUAGCAUCGCUGAGGUCGUGAGGGAGCCGAGAAAGACCACAGUGCAGAGAGAGGCCCCGGAGGACGACGGCUUCCGCCUCUUCUUCACGUCCAUCCCUGGAGACUCUGGAAAGGCAGCUGAACUCCAACCCCGCAGGAAACGACAGCCCCCAAGCUCCAGCAGCGAGGACAGUGACGAAGAAUGGCAACGGUGCCAGGAGGCCGCCGUGUCCGCCUCUGACAUCCUGCAGGAGUCAGCCAUCCACAGCCCCGUCCAGCAGGAGGAGGAGACCAGGAAGAAAAAGAAGAAGAAAAAGUUGAAAAGGAAAGCCCAGAAGGUGGCUGAUGUUGACUCAGCUGUGACCACUGCUACCACCGGGGCCACGGUCCAGAAGCAGGAAGAAGGGCUGGGCAAGGCCAACGGGGCCCAUGCAGCCUUGGGGACCAAGAAGAAGAAAAGGAAGAAAAAGGUGAGGAAGGCCCAUGAGACUGCUCCCCCAUCACCAACAGCAAGCCCAGAGGCCGCGCCAGCACACUGACCCAGUCUCCGGGCACAGGGCCCCACAGCACUGAGGACAGGCACCCUGGAGGUGGGACAUUUUCAUGCCCGCCUCUCCAAGGUCAGGGACUUGGCUGGCAAGGCUAGACUGGCCCACGAGACCUUGAUCAUGACUGGAGCCCACCCAGGGGUUGGGGCAGAAGAGUGGCUUCAGGGUGAGACAGCCUAGCCUUACCUCCCUCCAAGGGCCAAGGCAGACCCAGUACCAGAACAUUCCACGGUUCCAAGGCUCAGGGCUG